AUGGUCGUUCGAAAGUCCCACUGUGGGCUGAGACCAUUUCCUGGUAAGUAGGAAACAUGUGAGUUCUGGAGAGUCUCUGAAGCUUUGAAAAAACAGGGAAAGUCGGAGGUAGCGAUUUUCGAGUUUUUCACAAACCAAAUGGCCCAAAAAUGCUCUUUUCCAAGCAGCUCUGAAAAAAGAAGAAAGCCGUUUUCCAGAGCAUAUCAUCAAAAUUUCGAAUCGCCGAGUGCGUGUGAAUUCAAAAAGAGCCGAGGGUCCAUUUCGGCGACACCUUGAACCCUGUAAUUUAGACCGAAUCCGGCGUAUUUUGUCCAUUUCGGUCGUGUUUUUUAUUGGUUUUGGCGUGAGUACAAAAUAACCUGGUUGCUCAGAGGCAAACGGAGAAAUAUCCACGCUCGGUCUACGGUAGCCAUUUUUCGACUAGUACAUCGUGAGAUGUUGGAAGCAACGAUUGAACUCAAUUAAAAGAAAAUAUGGAAAUUUUCAGAAAUGAUUGUGUUUCAUAUCACAACUGAUAAAAAAACCCUAGCGGUUAUAAUAAUCGACUUACUAACUCAUAGAUUCGGUCUUCAAUCUUCGAAAAAAAAAACUACUAGUCAAAGAGUUGAAAGAGUGAAAAAAAGAGCUAAAACCGAACAAAAAAAAAACAAACAAACACGAUACAUUAAAAAAAAAGAGGCGUUCUGGCGAAGAUGUCGGGACCGCGGACCGGUUCUGCACGCUGGCAGCGUCUCACGACGUCGUCCAGAUGACCCCAACCACUUCUGAAGGCCUCCGACCUCUUCGUUUUCUAUAUGCCUUCUGCAACCGCAAAGUUGUCACAAAAACGCCCAAAACAAAAAUUAGUUAGUAUUUUUAAAAUUUAAUAAAAAUAAAACCUUCAGAACGAUAA